AUGGCACCCUCGCUCGAAGCGCCAGAGCCCGUCGAGGACGUCAUCGCCAACCCCCUCAAGCAGCAGCUCGUCGCCCCAGAGCCGGAACAUUGCCCUGGCCCCGAGUCGCAACAGGCUGGCACCGCCGACUCGUGCGCCGGGUGCCCGAACCAGGCCAUCUGCGCCUCUGCACCCAAGGGUCCGGACCCGGACAUCCCCAUUAUUGCGGCACGUCUUGAGAAUGUAAAGCACAAGAUCCUCGUGCUGAGCGGCAAGGGUGGAGUGGGGAAGAGCACAUUCACAUCACUGCUGGCCCACGCCUUUGCAACCAACCCGGACAAUACUGUGGGUAUCAUGGACACUGAUAUCUGCGGACCCAGCAUUCCCAAGAUGAUGGGCGUCGAGGAUGAGACGGUUCAUGUCAGUGGUACGGGAUGGUCGCCUAUCUGGGUCAUGGAUAACCUCUCAGUCAUGAGCAUUCAGUUCCUCCUCCCGAACCGCGAUGAUGCCGUCAUUUGGCGCGGGCCUAAGAAGAACGGCCUGAUCAAGCAGUUCCUCAAAGAUGUUGAGUGGGGUGAUCUCGACUUUCUACUGGUGGACACACCGCCGGGCACCAGUGAUGAGCACCUGAGCGUCAAUACCUUCCUGAAGGACAGCGGCAUCGACGGGGCUGUCAUGGUUACCACGCCCCAGGAGGUCUCCCUGCUUGAUGUGCGCAAGGAGAUCGAUUUCUGCCGCAAAGCCGGCAUCCGGGUGUUGGGUCUUGCAGAGAACAUGAGUGGCUUCGUGUGUCCCAACUGCAAGGGCGAGAGCGAGAUCUUCCGCGCGAGCACAGGUGGCGGCAGGGCGUUAGCCGAGGAAAUGGGUAUUCCUUUCCUGGGAUCGGUACCCUUGGAUCCGCGGAUUCGGAUGGCGUGUGAUUAUGGCGAGAGCUACUUCGACUCCUUCCCAGACAGCCCAGCAUGUCUCGCAUUUCAAGGGGUAGUGAAAAACGUGGCGAAUCAGCUGGGACUGGAUACCCGGAGUGUGCUGGCAGAAUAG